AUGGUUGAAAUCCCUGAGCCUAGUGGUUUGCCAUUUCUCGGCAACAUUGGCACAAUUGACUCCAAAUUCCCCCUGGGAUCCCUAAUCGGGUUGGCAGAUGAAUUAGGCGAGGUCUAUCGGUUGCGAUUCCCCGGGCGAACAGCCGUGGUCGUAUCCACCCACGCUCUCGUUAACGAAACCUGCAACGAGAAACGAUUCAAGAAGUCUGUCAACUCUGCCCUGGUGCAUGUGCGAGAUGGGGUGCAUGAUGGACUGUUUACUGCGAGAAUGGGCGAGGUCAACUGGGAGAUUGCACACCGAGUGCUGAUGCCGGCUUUUGGGCCGCUCUCCAUCCGCGGCAUGUUCGACGAGAUGUACGACAUCGCAAGCCAGCUGGCCCUGAAGUGGGCGCGAUACGGGCCGGACACCUCCAUCAUGGUCACCGACGACUUUACCCGGCUGACGCUGGAUACCCUGGCCCUGUGCUCUAUGGGAUACCGAUUCAACAGCUACUACUCGCCGGAGCUACACCCGUUUGUUGAAGCCAUGGGCGACUUUCUGACAGAGGCCGGCGAGAAGACUCGACGGCCACCGCUGCCGGGCGUCUUCUUCCGCAGCAGAGACCAAAAGUUCCAAGAUGACAUUGCCGUGCUCCGAAACACUGCGCAGGGUGUGCUUGAGGCACGUAAGGCAGGCAAAACUGAUCGCAAUGACCUGCUUGCUGCCAUGCUGCGAGGCGUUGAUUCGCAAACCGGCCGGAAAAUGACCGACGAGAGUAUCAUGGAUAAUCUAAUCACGUUCCUCAUUGCAGGCCACGAAACAACGUCCGGCCUUCUCUCCUUCGCUUUCUAUCAACUAUUGAGGCAUCCGGAAGCAUACCGCAAGGCGCAGCAGGAGGUGGACGAGGUCGUCGGGCAAGGGGUCAUUGAGGUAUCUCUUCUGUCGAAGCUCCCCUAUAUCAGCAGCGUUCUCCGCGAAACCCUCCGGCUGAAUGCGACAAUUCCCAUGUUCACCGUUGAGGCCUUUGAGGAUACGCUACUUGCGGGCAAAUACUCCGUAAAGGCAGGGGAGGCUAUCUUCAACCUCCUCGCCAAGUCGCAUCUGGACCCCGAGGUUUACGGCGACGACGCGCAUGAAUUCCAGCCAGAGCGAAUGGCAGACGAGGCGUUUAAUGCGCGGCAGAAGGAGUUCCCGAAUGCGUGGAAGCCCUUUGGCAACGGCAUGCGAGCCUGUAUUGGACGACCGUUUGCCUGGCAGGAAGCACUCUUAGUCAUGGCCAUGCUUCUCCAGCACUUUGAUCUCUCGAUGGACCCAGACUACGAGCUGCACUAUAAGCAGACCUUGACCGUCAAACCGAAGGAUAUGUACAUCAGAGCCCGGUUACGCCACGGCCUGACCCCAACAACCCUCGAGCGCAGACUGGUCGGACUGGCGACGGAGGUGACGCAGGCUAAGAUGCCCUCCAAAUCGGCUGACCAAGCGUCUACACGUGUUCCGAUGACCAUUCUUUAUGGCUCCAACAGCGGAACAUGCGAAACGUUGGCGCGGCGAAUUGCUGCCGAUGCGAUUUCGAAAGGCUUCCAGAUCACUCAUUUCGACGACCUGGAUAGUGCCCGUGAUGCCCUACCCACAGGCCAGCCGAUCAUAAUCGUCACCUCUUCUUACGAGGGUCAGCCGCCUGACAAUGCAAAACAGUUCGUUUCAUGGCUAGAGGACCUGGAUCAGAAUGGAGAACCCCUCAAGGACGUCUCCUUUGCUCUAUUCGGUUGUGGAAACAAGGAAUGGGCCCAAACAUUCCACCGCAUCCCCAGGCUGAUCGACAUCACCCUGGAGAACCUGGGAGGCACGCGCCUGGCUGACUUGGGGCUCGCAGAUGCAUCCUCCGGUGAGAUGUUCUCUACAUUCGAAACCUGGGCCGAUCACGCAUUGUGGCCUCGUCUUGUCGCCCAAUACGGUGGAGAGUCCGAGCAGAAUUUGUCCAUUGGCCAGAAGGCUACUGUAGAGGUGACGGUCUCCAACUGGAGAACGCAGGCGCUCCGCCAGGACGUAGGUCAGGGCAUGGUUGUGGAGACGCAAAUUCUCACAAGCAAGGACGAGAAGGAACGACGAAAGAAGCACUUAGAGAUACGCCUGCCGAAGGGUGUAACUUACACGGCAGGCGACUACCUGGCGGUACUACCCAUCAACCCCCCCGAGACCGUUCGCCGGGCAAUGCGCCAUUUUAAACUGGCGUGGGAUGCACAGGUCAAGAUCACAGCCUCCGGACCAACAACUGCUCUGCCGAUUGAUGGGCCCGUGGCAGCCAACGAUAUUCUAAGUACUUAUUUGGAACUGUCCCAGCCCGCUACUCGAAAAGACCUGAGAAUCAUGGCCAAUGUCAGCACAGACGCGGACACUAAGACAGCUCUUACAGCGUUGGCCAACGAGACAUAUACCACAGAGAUCUUAGCAAAGGGCGACUCAGUCUUGGACAUCUUAGAGCAGUAUCCAGCUGUUGAUCUGCCAUUAGGAUCCUUCCUCCUCAUGCUGCCAUCCAUGCGAAUGCGUCAAUAUUCGAUAUCCUCAUCCCCCCUCUGGAACCCAAACCAUGUCACCAUCAGCAUUUCCAUCCUCGACGUGCCGUCACAUUCACGGGAGGGUGGGCCGCGCCACCUUGGUGUGGCAACGUCGUAUUUGGACACCCUCUGCGCGGGUGAUAUCCUUCAAGUAAAGAUCCGAAAAUCCGACGCGGGAUUUCGCAUGCCGACUGAGCCAGACAAGACCCCGAUGAUAUGUGUCGCGGCUGGAACGGGCAUUGCGCCCUUUCGCGGCUUUCUCCAGGAGCGAGCAGCCCUAAUCGAGCAGAAGAAAGAACUCGCCCCAGCACUGCUCUUCUUUGGAUGCCGUUCCCCCGGACAGGAUGAUCUGUACCGAGCCCAGCUGGACGAAUGGCAGCAACAUGUCGUUGUCGAUGUGCGGUGGGCAUUUAGUCAGGCAGCAGACAAGAGCGAGGGAUGUAAACAUGUGAACGAUCGGAUUUGGCAUGAUCGGCAGGAGGUCGUGGAGCUGUGGCAGAACGGCGCCAAAAUCUUCGUCUGUGGGUCAAGGGGUGUCGCUGACUCCGUGAAGGGGGCCAUCAUUAAGAUAUUCCGGGAAAAGAUUGGGAAGCGAGAAGGUGGUGAAGACAGCAGCGAUAUAUCAGGCGUGGAGAGCGCUGAGAAAUGGAUUGAAGCCCAGAGAAACGUGCGGUAUGUGAUGGAUGUAUUUGAUUAGGCUUCAUACUCCUAUAGACUGCCACUGG